CGCUGGAAUAAACGGGAUAGCUCGGAGGUGAAACAGAGGAAACAUUAAAAUAUUUUUCCUUGAUGUGUUCAAGUGGACAGCAGAGGAGAGGUGGGGGAGUUGCGAUAGCGACUAACAGCCGAUGUGUUGAGAGGAUAGCGAGGAGAGACCAGGCAACGAGGGAAUAGGAAAACGAUACACAGAAGCAACUGGAUUUAUCAUCAGAGAUCUGGGUUUGCGCAGCGACCGUUGUGUGAGGUAUGGGCUGCGCUCCCAGUAUCCACGUCUCUCAGAGCGGGGUGAUCUAUUGCAGGGACUCGGACGAGUCCAACUCCCCUCACCAGACAACGACUAUCUCCCAGGGUACCGCUGCCACCCUCCACGGCCUCUUUAUCAAGACCGACGCGGCAGACUCCAUCCCUUCAGUUAUCGCUUACCAAAGCAGGCACACGCGAACGAAUUCGCACCGGGACCGCAGAGAAAACAGCGCAGGACACAUCUGCAUAGAGGCCGAGACGCAGACGAGCCACGCCAGCGUUAAGGUUUCUGCAACAGAGGAAUGCAUAGGCCCUAUGCGACUGACCCAAGAACCUAUUCAGGUGCUGCUGGUCUUUGCAAAGGAGGACAGCCAGAGCGACGCGUUCUGGUGGGCAUGCGACCGCGCCGGGUUCAGGUGCAACAUCGCCCGCACGCCCGAGUCAGCCGUCGAGUGCUUCCUGGACAAGAACCACGAGAUCAUCGUGAUCGACGGCAGACACUCCCGAUACUUCGAAGCUGAAGCAGUCUGCAGGUCAAUCCGUGCCACCAAGCCCUCUGAACACGCUGUGAUUUUAGCAGUGGUGCCACAAAUACCCCAGGAUCAGGAGGAGCCCUCAGCCCUGCCCCUUCUGAAUGCAGGAUUCAGCAGAAGGUUUGUGGAGAACAGCAGUGUGUCUGCCUGCUACAAUGAGCUCAUCCAGAUAGAGCAUGGAGAAGUGCGCUCACAGUUUAAACUGAGGGCCUGUAAUUCUGUGUUCACCGCACUGGAGCACUGUCAGGAGGCGGUGGAGAUCACCAGCGAGGACCACGUCAUUCAGUAUGUAAACCCUGCCUUCGAGAGGAUGAUGGGGUAUCACAAAGGAGAGCUCAUCGGCAAAGAGCUGACGGAAUUACCCAAAAGCGACAAGAACAGGGCUGACCUGCUGGACACGAUCAACACCUGCAUAAAGAAAGGCAAGGAGUGGCAGGGUAUCUACUAUGCCAGGAGGAAGUGCGGGGACAGCAUACAGCAGCAUGUGAAAAUCACCCCUGUCAUUGGUCAAGGAGGGAAAAUCCGCCAUUUUGUGUCAAUCAAGAGACCUCACAGUGACAACAAUAAACAGGGGCACAAGAUAAGCCGGGAUGACAAAUACAGCGGAGAAAAUUCACAGUCAGAAUGCCAAUCCCUGCGUCACAAGGACAGGAGGAAAGAGUCAGUUGACGUCAGGUCGAUCAGCUCGCGGAGCAGCGAUGCUCCAAGUUUACAAAAUCGCAGGUACUCUUCCAUGGCCCGAAUCCACUCCAUGACCAUAGAGGCUCCGAUCACAAAGGUUAUCAACAUCAUCAACGCGGCCCAGGAGAGCAGCCCGGUGACGGUGGCCGAGGCCCUGGACAGGGUGCUGGAGAUCCUCAGGACCACCGAGCUGUACUCGCCGCAGUUGGCCUCGAAAGAGGACGACCCGCACACCAACGACCUGGUGGGAGGCCUCAUGAGCGAUGGCUUACGAAGAUUAUCUGGGAAUGAGUAUGUCUUCUCAAAAAACAUAACCCAGAGUCAGAUGGCCAUGCCCGUCACCCUCAACGACAUCCCCCCUUCCAUCGCCGAGAUGCUGGACGGUGAGGACCGCUGGGACUUCAACAUCCUGGAGCUGGAGGCUGCCACACACAAGAGGCCCCUAACCUACCUCGGUUUGAAGAUCUUCACCCGCUUCGGCGUCUGUGAGUUCCUGAACUGCACGGAGGCCACUCUGCGGUCCUGGCUCCAGGUGAUCGAGGCCAACUACCACGCCUCCAACUCCUACCACAACUCCACGCACGCUGCUGACGUCCUCCACGCCACCGCCUACUUCCUCCGCAAGGAGAGGGUCAAGGGCAGCCUGGACCAGCUGGACGAGGUGGCGGCGUUGAUCGCGGCCACGGUGCACGACGUGGACCACCCGGGCCGGACCAACUCCUUCCUGUGCAACGCGGGCAGCGAGCUGGCCAUCCUCUACAACGACACGGCCGUCCUGGAGAGCCACCACGCCGCCCUGGCCUUCCAGCUGACCGUGCGCGACAACAAGUGCAACAUCUUCAAGAACAUGGAGAGGACUCAGUUCCGCACCUUGAGGCAGGCCAUCAUCGACAUGGUGCUGGCCACGGAGAUGACGCGCCACUUCGAGCACGUCAACAAGUUCGUGAACAGCAUCAACAAGCCCAUGGCUGCCAUGGAGGAGUCCAGCUCCAAUAGCGAGGGCAGCGACUGUGAGGGUCAGGCCAGCAUCAGGAACUCCCCGGAGAACCGUCUGCUCAUCAAGCGCAUGAUGAUCAAGUGUGCUGACGUGGCCAACCCCUGCCGCCCCCUGGAGCUCUGCAUCGAGUGGGCGGGGCGUAUCUCCGAGGAGUACUUCGCCCAGACGGACGAGGAGAAGAGGCAAGGCCUGCCCGUGGUCAUGCCCGUCUUCGACCGCAACACCUGCAGCAUUCCCAAGUCCCAGAUCUCCUUCAUCGACUACUUCAUUACGGACAUGUUCGACGCCUGGGACGCCUUUGCCAGUCUGCCCGGCCUGAUGGAGCACCUGGCGGAGAACUACAAAUACUGGAAGAGUCUGGAUGAGAUGAAAUGCAAGAGCUUGAGACCCCCGCCUCCCCCGUGA